CACUUCCUUCCAUGGACGUUUGCCCUUUGCAGCUGCUCAAAUCUCAAGCAAGCAGUCCUCUAACGAGCUCGGGAGCUCACCUCCAGCUAAGAUCAGACGACCUCACCGUCGGAAAUGGCGGCGCCGGAAACUCCCAAACUGAAGCCGCGGCCGAUCGUACGGCUCGGGAUCCUCCUCAUCUCUCACAACCUUGUUGUCAGUGUCAUCUGCUGUAUAUCUGGGAUAGUAGCGCUACUGUUGCUGCCAAUUCUAGCCAAGAACACUUACAUUUCCGAGAAUGCCCUCAUGCCAGGUUCUGCCAACCCAAUGCUUUCGACUCAGGAUGUGGCAGAUGCUAAUAAGCUAGUGAAGGAUCUAAUGGAUCUGAAAUCUGAGUCGACUAGUUCAGACAAAAUGCAAAGAGUGGUAGCAGAGUACAUCUCAGACCUUGGUGCAGAAGUUGGUUAUCAGAAAUUUUACCCGCAAUCUGAUCAAUUUAAUCCAUUGCACUUCUUUUCACUUCCUGAUCCUGGCACACUUCAAGAGAAAGUCAACUGUUCCUCCUUUGCCAUCAAUGUUAUUGGAAUUGCAAGAGCUCCACGUGGUGAUGGAAAAGAAGCGAUUGUGUUGGUUACACCUUAUAACUUUGAAGAUGCUGAUCUACUAGAUGCCCUAUCAGUGGGCCUCACAUACUCAGUAUUUUCAUUGCUAACUCAAGUUACAUGGCUGGCCAAAGAUAUCAUAUGGCUUGUAGCAGAUUCACGUUGUGGAGAGUAUUCGUCAGUUGCUGCAUGGUUGAGAGAUUAUCAGACACCUGUUUUUGGUAGCUCCUCAGCAGCAGAUUCUAGUACAUGUGACAGUAGCAACACAUUUUAUGGUUUAAAGGACAGCUCAGUGAUUGAGAGGAAGAUAACUGACAAUUUUAGGCGUGCGGGAACCAUGGCAGCUGCUCUUGUUAUCAAGGUGAUAGACAAAAGUGAGCCGUUUGAGGACACACUAAGUCUGUAUGCUGAAGCAUCUAAUGGACAGAUGCCAAAUCUGGACCUCAUCAAUAUUGUGAACUAUUUAGCUGUCCAUCGGCAGGGUUUGCAUGUAAAAGUUCAGAAAUUAACUUCCUUGAUCAAUGCCAAAUGGCUCACCGUCUUGGCUCAGAUAUUUGAAUAUGUGGGUGUGAUUGCUAGAAGAUUAAACCCUCAAUGGAAAUUUGGCAUUCCUGCGGCUGAGUAUGUUGAUGGCACUGCCACACUCGCAAGUUCCCUUUAUAAUCAGGCAUUGGGUGUUCCAACAGGUCCCCAUGGUGCCUUUCGUGAUUAUCAAGUUGAUGCAGUUACCCUGGAAUUUUCCCCUAAAGUUUACUCAAUGAGUAAGGGCAGGCAUAAGGAGUUUCUUGUGCAAGGGGGCAGGUUGAUUGAAGGAGUCAUACGGUCAGUAAACAACCUCCUGGAGAAGUUUCACCAAUCAUUUUUUCUCUAUCUUCUAACAUCUCCCGGUAGGUUCGUCUCAGUGGGAGUCUAUAUGAUUCCCUUUGCCCUCCUCGUCACGCCACUUCCAAUCAUGGCAGCCUCUCUUUACACGAAGACAAAUAAUUUGGAUUCCGAUGCAGAAACAAAUGAUCUUUCAAUAUAUCAAAAGUCAUUCACAUGGCUUAAUGCUGCAAAAAAGGUGCUUCUUGUUCAUCUCUGGGGAGCUAUCGUAUCAUUACUUCCAUACGCCAUCUGCCAUUUGGGUGUUAGUACCCCCGCAAUGAAUCUAGCAGUCUGGAGCAUGCUUUCAGUGCUCUGUUAUUUGCUCUUUUGCUUGAUUCUGGGAGUUCGUUCUGCAAAAUCGGGAAAAGCCCAGUGGGCUGUUCUUAAAUCAGCGACCCUCUCAGCUGUUUUUAUCGGUCUAUGCCUCAUGUCAGUUGUGAACUUUGCAACUGCGGAAUUUGGAGCUUUGUUGUUGGUCCCCAUGUGCUUGGUGAUUUAUCCUCUUAAGAGUGAUCUGCACGCGGGGGGUCUGAUGAAUUUCUCGAGGAUGGCUUGCAACUUGGCUCUGGUCCUCAUUGGCUUCCCUCCAGCAGCCUUCAUCUUGCUGAAAGGUGCACUGGAUGGUUUCCAUAGCAUUUAUGUCGGCGAUUUCUGGAUCUGGGUUGAAUCACUUUGGGCUUGGAAUAGUGCCACGUACCUUUACAUCACUAUGAUCCACCUCCCUUGCUGGCUCCUGUGCCUCCAUGUUCUACUUCACACUCGAUGAUUGGAGCCCAUGCGAACUGUUCUGUGCAUCAGUUAUUAGAUGGAUGUCAGAAUAUUUACAGCACUUUCUUUUCUCAGUAUCGGUUGGGUUUCUUUCUAUUGGCCCCACUUGCUUUGUUCCUGAGCAAUGGGAUGUUCCUGACCUAUUCAAUCUGAAAACAGGGAAGUAAGCCCAGGCUCGAACAGCUGGAUUGCAUGUCUGAGGGAAGAACCUUAGACGUACAUGUGUGCUCCCGAUGCAGCCGCUCCGAAAGACCUGCCAUUCCGAGCCUAUUUUAAGUACCGCAUGAUUCUUGGGACUGGCCCAGUGAAUACGAAUGAUGAACUUCAAAUCAGAUUCACGUAAACUGUUGGUUCAGGUAGCUUCGUAUAUCCUAACCGGAUGUGUAGCUGUUGAACACCUCUUGGUUCCUUGUUUCCAUAUAAGCUCGAGUUCUCUGCAGAGUUGUUGAGACCCACAUUUCCAGAAAAACAUUGCGCGUAUUAAUCCAAAUGUUGAUUUUUCGUUGUCACUGGACUAAGUACCAGCUUCAUGGUACUUGGUCAGCUUUCCAAACGGUAGGACUUAGCGGCAUCAGUGACGCGCAUGACCAAGGUGCUCAGUUCAGACAUCCCAUUCAGCUGUACGCGUUUGGUGUUAAUCCGGGCGGGCCAUAAUUUCAUUUUUGAGAUGGACUUUCAUUUUCUCCAUAACAGUGAGGAUUUGCGGGAAAACUGAGCUGCUGCGACUGUAAAGAUGGGUCAGUGGAUCUGCAGUAAGGCGUGGUGGUGUUUACUUUGGAUUAAAGGGAAUAACCAGAAGAGAUGACACUUCCAUUUUAUGGUUAAUUCCCAAAUGUAUUUUGUUGGGGACAAGUUUGCUUGUUACUGCCGUUUAAAGUUUUGCUAAUGUAAAAGGAAAUGGGUGAUUA